AUGUCUCUCUCCCGGCCCUGUCGCCAGGCCCUGCGCCUCUCCCACCAGCUUCGUCCCUCAACCAAAGCAUCAUCAUCACAGCUUCUCCUCCGUCGCAGCGCCGCAACGCUCACGCCUCCUCACCAAGCCGCCGCCAUCUCGCGCCUGCAAACAAACGUCGAUGCCUCGUCCGAGGAAUUCAAAGAAAACGAGCGCCAAAUGGCCGACGUCACCGCGCGCCUGCAGGAGCUCACGGCCACCAUCCAAAAGGGCGGCCCGCAAAAGGCUCGCGACAAGCACAUUGCCCGCAACAAGAUGCUGCCGCGAGACCGAGUCGCCGCCCUGAUUGACCCGGGAACCACGUUCCUCGAGCUGUCGCCAAUGGCCGGCCACGAGCUGUAUCCCGAGGCUGAAGUGCCUGCGGGCGGCAUCAUCACGGGUGUGGGCGUUGUCGAGGGCGUCACUUGCGUCAUUGUUGCCAACGACAGCACCGUCAAGGGCGGCACGUACUAUCCCAUUACUGUGAAGAAGCACCUGCGAGCCCAGGCCGUGGCGCAGGAGAACAAGCUGCCCUGCAUCUACCUCGUCGACAGCGGCGGCGCCAACCUCCCCCACCAGGCCGACGUCUUCCCCGACCAGAACCACUUUGGCCGCAUCUUCUACAACCAGGCCCGCAUGUCCUCCCAGGGCAUCCCCCAGAUCGCCGUCGUCAUGGGCCCCUGCACCGCCGGAGGCGCCUACGUCCCCGCCAUGAGCGACGAGAGCAUCAUCGUCCAGGAGCAAGGCCACAUCUUCCUCGCCGGCCCCCCCUUGGUGAAAGCCGCCACCGGCGAAGUCGUCAGCCACGAGGACCUGGGCGGCGGCAAGAUGCACUCGUCCGUCUCUGGUGUCACCGAUUAUCUUGCUGUGGACGAUGCCCACGCCAUCACCCUUGCUCGUCGCAGCAUCUCCAACCUCAACUGGCCCGCCCGAGCAGCCUCCACUAACCCCCCCGCGGCCACCUACGCCGAGCCCCUCUACGACCCCAACGAGCUCCUGGGCAUCGCAACCACCAACCUGCGCAAGCCCAUGCCCAUCCGCGAGAUCAUCGCCCGCAUCGUCGACGGCUCCGAGUUUGCAGAGUUCAAGCGCGACUUCGGCACCACCCUCGUCACGGGCUUCGCCUCCAUCUACGGCCAGAAAGUAGGCAUCGUCGCCAACGACGGCAUCCUCUUCGCCUCCUCCUCCGUAAAGGGCGCCCACUUCAUCGAGCUCUGCGCCCAGCGCGGCAUCCCCCUAGUCUUUUUACAAAACAUCUCCGGCUUCAUGGUCGGCUCCGCCUCCGAGCGCGACGGCAUCGCAAAGCACGGCGCGAAGCUCGUCACCGCCGUCGCUUGCGCCGACGUGCCAAAGUUCACCGUCGUCGUUGGUGGCAGCUACGGCGCGGGCAACUACGGCAUGUGCGGCCGCGCGUACAGCCCGCGGUUCCUGUGGAUGUGGCCCAAUGCUCGCGUCGGCGUCAUGGGCGGCGAGCAGCUCGCCUCCGUCAUGGAGACGGUCGGCAAGUCGGUCGACCCGGAGCUCAAGGAGCGCAUUGAGAAGGAGAGCGAGGCCACUUACUCCUCGGCCCGUCUUUGGGACGACGGCAUCAUCCCUCCCCAGCACACCCGCCAAUAUCUCGGUCUCGGCCUGAGAGCCGCCAUGGGCGGCCGCAACGAAGUCAAGGCCGGAGAUACCAACUUCGGCGUCUUCCGAAUGUAG